AUGGUUGAAGGCAGUGAAGACAAUUCUCAACCUCCCCCUUGUACUCAAUGUCAAUGUAAAAUCUCCAAAUCUUCCCCUUUUGAAUCAUCACAUUCCUCCACUCCCUUAUCAGAGAUUGGUGCUUCAUCUAGGAGGGGAAGCCUUUCCACUUUUCCCCAGAAGGUCAGUAGAAUUGCAAUGCUAGGCCAUAGAGCUUUGCGCAUUCAUGUUACUACUGUGAAUGCAUUCCCUUCUACCCUCACCAAAAAUGAAAUAGUUUGGGCUUGCCUAGUGGAUGCAGUUGGAGAUGUUGAAGCUCUGAAGAAGCAUGUAGAAGAACUGAAGCUUGAUCAUGAUGCAAAGGAGCAAGUGAUCACUUAUGUAUGGGGAGCCUGUGCUCAGCUUAGAGGAGAGUUGGUUUCCAAAGCAUGCCAUAAAACUUCCAGCUCAUACAACAUUCCUGGCAACAUGUCACCCUCUGUAUUGUUAGAAACCAUUCAGUGGAUUCUCAAGAAUGACACCUUUCUCUAUGAUAAAUUGAACCUUGAGAACAAGACAUUUGACUGGAAGAUGCCUUUUUGCAACCAGCUCUUCAAGAAUUUAUUUAUCACUCAGUGGUUUGGAGCUAGGGAUGAAGCUUUGAGAUUCCCAGACAAAUUCAGGAAAGUUCCUGAUAGUAUUUUGGCUCUCAUUGCCACAGUGAUUGAAUGCUCACUAAAUACCUGGUUACACAGUGUUCAUACUCAGGUAAAAUUCACUGACACUCAAUUUAAGAGCCACUACUCCCACUUCAUGAAGAAGCUUGAUGGUCUGAACAAAAGCUGUCCAACAUGGCUCAAGCAAUUUAAGAGGGACCUCUAUUUGAAAGCCUGGUGA